GUUCUCUCUAAUGGUGAACACCUUUCUGGACCAGCUCUGGGUUGGAAUCUGAUUUCUGCUCUGCUCCGGAAACACCACACUGAAGUGAAAGCAGCUACCACGCGAGUUCUUUUUCCUCAGAAGACUGGGGUCUGACUGGACAUGGCCCAGCGCCAUCUGUGGAUCUGCUUCCUUUGCCUGCAAACCUGGUCUGGAGCAGCAGGAAAAGAUGCAGACUCGAUGGUAGUGAAUGGGAUUCUUGGGGAGUCAGUUACUUUCCCCUUAAAUAUUCAAGAUCCACAGAAAAUUACUAACAUUGCCUGGGUGUCUCAAUCAUCUGUUGCUUUUAUAAAACCAGGAGUCAAUGGAACUGAACUUACUGUAACCCAGGUCAUUUAUAAAGGACGACUAGAAGUCAUAGAUCAGAACUAUGACCUGGUCAUUAGGGACCUGAGGAUGGAAGAUGCAGGAACUUACAAAGCAGAUAUCAAUGAAGAGAAUCCUGAGAAAACCAUCACCAAGAUCUACCACCUUCAUAUCUACCGUAAGUUAUGGUAGCAUGGGGCCUUGGAUUUCCUUUUUUUUUUUCCCUUUGGAGAUUUUGGAGAACUUCAACAGACACUUAGCAAAGGGUCUAUGUCAGGAUUAAAUGGAACAUUCGCUGUCCCUCGAAAUAUCAAGGCUCAACAGCUGCGUGCCAAGUUGCUCCUCUUGGAAGUCUUUAAGCCUUCAAAUAAAACCAGAAGGGAGACCUGUGAGGGACAGAAAAGCAAUGUCCUUCAAAUCGUCCACUCCCCCAUGGACCAAAAACUGACUUACACAUGUACAGCCCAGAACCCUAUCAGCAACAGUUCUGACUCUGUCACUGUCCAGCAGCCAUGUACAGACACACCAAGCUUCCAUCCUCACCAUGCUGUGUUGCCAGGGGGACUGGCCAUGCUCUCCCUGCUUAUUCUCAUUCCGGUGUUGGCACUUCUGUUCCAUUUGUACAAGAGAAGGCGAGACAGGAUUGUCCUGGAAGCAGAUGAUGUCUCAAAGAAAACAGUAUAUGCUGUAGUUUCAAGAAAUGCUCAACCCACAGAGUCCAGAAUCUAUGAUGAAAUCCCUCAGUCCAAGAUGGUGUCCUGUAAGGAAGAGCCGGUGACCACCAUUUAUUCCUCAGUGCAACUUUCUGAGAAGACAAGGGAAACCAACAUGAAGGACAGAAGUCUACCUAAGACUUUGGGUAAUGAAAUUGUUGUCUAGGUGAUCAUGCAGCACUCUCCCUCUGGAAACUGAGUUACAAGCAGAGCAGGAGACCUUCUGUUACUGGACAUUCCUUGUAUUCAUGUGGGGUUAUGCACACACCCUAACUCAUCGAAUCCUUUCGAAACCCUUUUCACUUCAUGGGGCAUACAAAAAAUGAUUUUUGACACAAAGGAUGAAAUCAUGAAGGCUGUUCAUGUCUAUAGAAGACUGAAGAUAGAUGGAAGAUUCUCAUGUCAAUAUGUAACAUCACUGUCCAACAGUUGUGGAAAGAAACCAGUCAAUAUUGUGAAUACCUGUAACAUACCAUGACAUACCAGCUAGAUGUUCUGUGCAGAUUCAGCUUGUGUAAGGAACCCUGAUGCAAGACCUCCACCAGCGCUAUAGUACCUUAAGUUACUUAGGAGUGGCAUCUUUAGGGUAUAUGUUACCCUUGACUUGAAUGCAUGGCAUGGCCAGCCAAGUGUAGGCUACAUGGC